AUGAAAAGGAAGAGAACUUGUUCCCUAAAAUCAUAUUCACCGAACAAUUUACUCACCAAAAGUCCGGAGGUUUCAGAUUCAAAAUGUUCGUAUUUACCUGAUGAGUGUUGGGAAAUUAUCUUCAGGUUCAUCCACAAAGACGGCUUCAAGCAACGCUGCUUGAAUUCUCUUUCUUUUGUCUCCAAAGAGUUCCUCUCCAUCAUCGACCGUCGUCGAUUCUCACUCAUCGUCAAAGAUGCAACAGGCCCUUUCCUCGGUCGCCUCCUCAAAAGGUUCACCAACCUCAACUCCCUUGACCUCUCAAACUACAACGGUGACCUUGACAUGCUUCUCCACAAAAUCUCUCCUUUCCCACUAAAGAAACUCACAUCGCUUAGUAUCUCCAACCAACACACCUUUCCUGCAAAUGGGUUGCGAGCUUUCUCCCAAAACAUUACAACUUUGGCAUCUCUCGAUUGUUCCAACAUGUUUCUCUACAACAACGAUCUGUUACUUAUUGCCGAUUGUUUUCCAAUGCUUAAAGAACUCAACCUUGGUCACCCUUUGGUGAACAAUCAAACUAACUUCAUUAAUGGAAUUCACUGUAUGUUAUCCAAGUGGCGAUGUAUACAACAUUUGAAUCUUAGGUGCACAUAUUUUCUGAAUGAUGAACAUGUUUCUGAGUUGUCUUGGUUUCUUCGUGACUUACUGUCUGUAAACCUUCGUGACUGUUGGAUGCUCACAGAAUUAGCCUUGUAUUCACUCGUUAGAAACUGCCCUUCACUUAGUGAGUUCAAAAUGGAAUACACAGCUAUAGGGAAAGAGAGUGUAGGGAAUUCUAGUGUAUAUCCUCAGUUAAAGUCUCUCUAUUUAGGUAGAAAUUUACGGUUAACUGAUGAAAAAAUUGUAAUAUUAGCUUCCUUUUUCCCCAAUUUACAACUUCUUGAUUUGAAUACUUGCAAUAACAUAUCUGAAGGUAUUUGUCAAGUUUUAAGGAGAUGUUCUAAGAUUAAACAUUUGAACUUAGCCCACUGUUCAAGAGUGAAGCUACUUGGAAUGAACUUUGUUGUUCGCCAGCUGGAGGUGUUGAACUUGUCAGAUACGAAGGUUGAUGAUGAAACACUCCAUGUGAUCUCGAAGAAUUGUUGCGGGCUUUUGGAACUAUUACUGAAAGAUUGUUAUUAUGUCACAAACAAAGCAGUGAAACAUGUGGAAGAAAACUGCACACAAUUGAGACUCUUCUCGAAUCGUGGAUGUCUUCUUUGCUAG